AUGUAUGUUGAUGACAUCAUCCUUACUGGGGAUGAUUUAGAUGAAAUCUCUGCUUUAAAAAACUUCCUACAUGAUCAGUUUAAAAUCAAAGAUUUAAGGUUGUUGCAUUAUUUUCUGGGUAUUAAAGUGUUCUACUAUGAUUCUGGGGUAUUGUUGCAUCAAAAGAGGUUUAUUUCUAAUUUGUUGAGUGAAUUCCAUUGUACUGAUGUUUUCCCAGUAGCUUCCCCAUUAGCUUUGACUAUCAAGUUGCAUUCUUCUUUGGGUGAUCUGCUUCCUAGACCUGAUACUUAUAGGUGUAUCAUUGUUCCUCCAACUCCUAGAGUCUCUCAUAUGGAUGUUGCUUUUCAUGUUUUGAGAUACUUGAAAGGUACUUCUGAGUUUGGUGUCCACUUAAAUAACUCCCCUGCUAUGUCCUUAGUGGGUUGCUGUGAUAUUGAUUGGGCAGCUUGCCCUGAUUCUAGGCGCUCCGUCACUGGUUUUUGUGUUUUUUUGGGUGGUAGUCUCCUUCGUUAG